AUGAUGAACUUAAAUAUUCUUUUCUGUGUGAUUCCGUUGUUUUUUGGCAAGAGUACACUGGGACAAAAAUCAAAGGACCCACUUCUAGAAUGCCCGUCCUUGGAAAAAGGAGAUACCUACACGCAAUCAGAAUUCCUCUCACGUCUUGCUCACGAAUGUCGUUACGACCGGCUUCUGCUGCCUACCUACCAAACUGGAGAUGUUGUCUUUGUCCAUGCUAGCGCCUACGUCUAUUUCAUUCAACCAGCUGAAGCACACGAUUUGAACUUCAAAUUGCAUUUUCUUCUGCAACUGCGCUGGACAGAUCCACGCCUCGCAUACGCUCUCUAUUCUCCAGAACGAACAAAGAUAAUCGGAGAAAGCGAUCUCAGAUCGCGAGUUUGGAUUCCACAUUUGUAUAUGUCGAACGAACAGUCGUCGAGUCUCAUGGGCACGGAUAGUAAGGACGUCUUGAUAUCGAUAGCACCAGAUGGCGAAGUCUUGUUCAGCCGUCGGAUGCAAGCUGUGCUUUACUGCUGGAUGAAUCUGCAGAAGUUCCCGUUCGAUGUCCAAAAAUGUUCUAUGAAUCUAGAAAGUUGGAAGUACAACGCAUCAAUCUUACGCCUGAUGUGGGAGAAGGAUAACCCGGUUCGGUUAUCAUCCGAAUUGCAUUUAACAGAGUAUUCUCUACUCGACUAUUGGACUAACGAGUCAGUUGUUCGAGGUGACAUCGUGAACAUGAGAUUGGGAGGAGGUAGAUCGGGAAACUACAGUGCUUUGAAGUUUACUUUCAAACUGGGCCGAGAAGUCGGCUACUAUCUUAUGGACUAUUUCAUCCCAUCAAUGAUGAUAGUUGCUAUGUCAUGGGUGACGUUUUGGUUACAAGCAGAUGCUUCAGCGCCACGAAUAACUCUAGGUACAAGUACGAUGCUGUCAUUUAUAACACUUGCAUCAUCUCAAGCAAAGACACUGCCAAAGGUGUCUUAUAUAAAAGCAAGUGAGAUCUGGUUCUUAGCCUGCACUGGCUUUAUCUUCUCGGCUCUGGUGGAGUUUGCGUUCGUCAAUACUAUAUGGCGAAGGAAAAAAGUGGUUAAUUUGAAGAAAGUGAACAGCAAAUACAUACUCAAAAGUACACUGACUCCGCGUUUAGCACGCAAAGAGAUGCAGAAGGAACUUCAAUCCUCACCACAGCUUAGCAAGUCCAGAUCAUGUUCCUCGUUGAACCAAGAAACCAGUUCAGAUCCAGCGGGGCCAGGAUUUAAUAAUUACCUUACAGUACACAGUUUUCCAUCCGCGCUGAACUUACCCACAAUAACAACACAGAGCUACGACGAACUCGUCAGAUCGGAUAGGCGUAAUCAUAAUUGCGCCAGUGAAGGUUCAGAUGAACCACCCAAGAACCACACCUGGACGCAGAUGACCCCGCAAGAAAUCGCAACGUGGAUAGACAAGCGAUCGAGAGUGCUGUUUCCCUUACUUUUUGUAUUCUUCAAUAUAAUUUAUUGGACGUUUGUAUACUGUCUGUAG